AUGUGCAGCCAAGACCUCAGGCCCUUCGCGAUUGUGGAGGGAAAGGGUUUCAUUAAGGUAGCACAAGAGAUGCUCGACAUCGGCGCGAAAUACGGGAGUAACAUACAGGUGGAAGACAUUUUGCCCAGUGCACAGACAGUUUCCCGUCAUGUGGAAGGGGAAUACGACAAAGUCAAGCGGCUGGUUCUGGAGGAGCUUCAGCAGGACAAUCCAGUGCACAGCGGAAUCAUCAAGCUGUUUAAGGAGACGAAGACCCUCGUCACACACUUUAAAAGAGCAGGAUUACAAAAAGAACUGGACCAGUCACUGAAGCAAGCUGUCGAGACAAGGUGGAACACCAGACUAGCAAUGCUCCAGUCUGUCAAUGAUGCUUUAAGAUCUGGGAAGCUGCAUGACAUCCUGCUUCGUAGAAAUGAACUUCGUUACCUCAACAACAUAGACUCUGAACUUCUUGAAAAUCUCAUCCAUCUCUUGAAACCUUUUGAUGAGGCUACCAGGCAUCUUUCAACUGAUCAGACACCUACCCUUCACCUUGUCCUACCAACUAAGGCUACCCUACUGAGAGGUUUGUUGAUCCAAGAUGGAGACAGCAAGAUUGUGGCAGAGCUGAAAGAGAAGUUAGCCCAGGCAGUGGAGAUUAAGUUCAAGGUCCACCUGUACCAUAAGGUAGCCACAGCACUCUCUCCUAGCCUGAGAACUUUCUUAAAGAAAACUCUCAACGGCGAGGAAUAUGAGGAGGUCAUCAGCACUCUGAUGACAUUCACAGAAACAACAGGGAAAGAGAAGACAGUGACAGGCCUUGUGGAGAAAGAGGGUGCAAGCCCGAUGCAAGGAGUGUCAGAAGUGCACAACUUCUUUUCGAGUUGUGUUGAAGAGGAGAGCAAGGACACUAGGGAUGAGGAGUCACAGGGGCGACAGUCGGUGGUCCAAUACCUGAAUGACACCAAAUUAACACGUCUUCUGUCUCUUCUUGACUUCUGGAGGGAAAUGUCAGGUGGUCUUGAAAAAGUCGCCAAGAGACUACUAAUACCUGCAACAAGCACGUCAUCAGAACGUUGCUUCAGUGUUGCUGGCAGGCUCAUAGAGGAGAGGCGUUCCACACUUGCACCGGAAAAUGUGGAUGCACUACUAUUUCUCCACAGCAACUCAUGAACUGAACUUAUUACAGCUGUAGUGUUGUGUUUGCCUGUUGCUUGUUCUUUCUUCUUCUAAACAGGCAGAGGUGCAGUUUUUCUUGAAAAAACAU